AUGCACGCAAGCGACUUCAAAGUCAUCGUCGUCGGCGGCGGUCCUGUUGGGCUCACAGCUGCCCACGCCCUUACCCAAGCCAACAUUGACUGCAUCGUACUGGAAAGCCGACCAAGCGCCAUCAUUGAUGCUGGUGCCAACCUUGUAAUGAUGCCGAUGGGACUACAGGCCCUCGGUCAACUCGGUCUACUCGACGCCCUUGAAAGGGUCAGCACUCCUCUUGGUCAAACCGAACGCCAAGAUCACCAAGGCCAAGAUAUCGGAGAUGUAAGAUGGUUCAAUUACUUCAAGAAACACUUUGGUACAUCGCCUCGGGUUCUGAGCCGCCAUGACCUCACCCGAGUUCUCUACGAAUCCCUUCCUUCCAAGACGCAAAACAACAUCAUCACUGGCAAGAAAGUUGAAGAUGUUAUCCCACAUGAAGAUGGGGUUGAAGUAACCUGCACCGACGGCAGCUCCUACAAGGGCUCCAUUGUUAUUGGUGCAGACGGUGCCCACAGUCUCGUCCGGGAACGAAUGCGCACGCUGGCCUUGGAAGCCAACGCAACCGGGGUGAAUGACGAAAACCCAUUCUUGACAACCUACCGAGGGUUCUGGCUUCGAAUCCCUACGUCACAUACCGGCCUGCAAGCCGGAAUCACCUCUGAGACACAUGGUCCUGGUGCCACCACUCAGCUGUUUUCUGGUCCCGACACAACCGUCAUGGGCUUGUACGAGAGGCUGGAGAGCCCGACACGAAGCCGAGCGCGAUACACCGAAGAGGAUCAAUUCGCGUUGGUCGAGCGUUGGGGCCAUCUCCCUCUUGCGCCUGGAGGGAAACUCACCUUGAAAGAGGCGUUCUCUCGUCGCACCCAAUCAGGGCUCGUCAACUUGGAGGAAGGUGUCGUGAAGGAUUGGAGUUGGGAUGGACGUAUUGUGCUUGCCGGAGAUGCCGCUCAUAAGUUCACCCCCAGCACUGGAGCAGGCUGCAACAACGGCAUCGUUGAUGUUAUUGUCCUGGUGAAUGAGCUCCAUCGGGCUGUUGAGGAAACAAGAGCCGAUGGCUAUGCAGGCUCACCGGAGAGGGCUCAACUGGCAAAUGCCUUCAAUAAAUACCAAUCUUUACGAUUGGAAGCAGUCACUGCUGCUUGCUCAGGCUCAGGCCAGGUCACCGCGAGUGCCACUUGGCAAACCGCAGUGCACAAAUUCAUCGACAAACACGUCCUGGCAAGCCACUCCAUGCAAAGCUUCUUUUUUAACCAGGGGGCAAAGAGGAUGGCUCAGGUUCCAAGGAUGGACUUUAUCAAGGAUGCGGGUUGUUUGAAGGGAAACUGA